CAUUGUCACGUCCACUCCUCAUCGCAGAAAAUUUAGUAACCCAAUCCAAAUCGCCUUAGCUUCCCAACUCACUUCUGCGCCUAUCACCCAUACUGACUGAAGAAAAAAAUGACAAUAUUCACAGCUUCUCCUAUACACACUUCCUUUGUUUCGCAACUCUUCACCUCCAACUCCAACCAUGCCUCUGCUCCAUCAACCCAUUUCAAUUUCAACUUCAAUCCUUAUAAAAUUUUACACAAUUCUCGCUUCUCAUUUCUCACUCCCAAAUUCUCCAUCUCUGCAAAUUCUAACGAUUCUGCCACUGUCACCGACACCACCACACCAGUUGUCGUGGCCUCGCCUGAUGCUGUUGGACAAUCUCGGAGGUCGGCUGAUUGGGAGGCAGCAAGAGCUUAUAUUGAAAGUGGAUCCAUCUAUGAGGGCAGGAUUGAAGGAUUUAAUGGUGGAGGUUUGCUGGUUCGGUUUUAUUCUAUUCUGGGUUUUCUCCCUUUCCCUCAGUUGAGUCCAUCGCAUUCUUGUAAAGAACCACACAAGACUAUACAUGAGAUUGCAAAAGGUUUGCAUGGCUCACGUAUUUCUGUAAAGGUAAUCCUAGCAGAAGAGGAGAAGAGAAACUUAAUAUUCUCUGAGAAGGAAGCUGUCUGGUCAAAAUUUUCCAAAAGGGUUAACAUAGGGGAUACUUUUAAAGGAAGAGUGGGUUCUGUUGAGGAUUAUGGUGCUUUUGUUCACUUGCUCUUCCCUGAUGGUUUAUAUCACCUCACUGGGUUAGUACAUGUCUCAGAGGUUUCUUGGGAUUUAGUUCAAGAUGCAAGAGAUGUCCUCAGUGAGGGUGAUGAAGUGGUCGUCAAAGUUACAAAUAUUGAUUGGCAAAAGUCAAGAAUCAAGCUAUCAAUCAAACAGUUGGAGGAAGAUCCACUGUUAGAAACUCUGGACAAAGUAAUUCCUCAGGAUGGUUCAGUUGAUCCUGAUCCUUCAACCAUGGAUAGCAGUGAUACAGUUGAACCUCUUCCGGGGCUUGAAACAAUAAUUCAAGAGCUACUAAAUGAAGAUGGUGUAGAAGCUGUUAAAAUCAGUAGACAAGGGUUUGAGAAACGUGUUGUUUCACAAGACCUGCAACUUUGGCUUUCAAAUGGACCACCUACAAAUGGGAAGUUCACCCUUCUUGCUCGUGCAGGACGCCAGGUACAGGAAAUACAAUUGACAACAGCACUUGAACAAGAAGGUAUCAAAAAGGCACUACAGCGAGUACUGGAACGUGUCCCAUGAUAUGAAUUUUUGCAAUUUUUGCUGCAAUUUUUCUGUUGUCCAAUGCAUAGUUGAUGUUAUUCUUUCCUUUCUGGGGUUAUAUAGUAGUUACUAAAAUUGUAUAAAACUGCUAACUUUGGAGGUCGGAAUCUAUUUUCUUUAGAUUCUCUUCAUUUUUGGGUCAAAAAAUGUAAAUUUUGUUUCAUAUGUAACACUGUAAAAAGCAAAUAGAAUCUUGUACUAAUAUCCCAAAUAAGUGAAGAAUUGCAGACCGCUUGAAAAAUAUUCUUCUUCCAAA